GCCUGUUCCAACACAUGCGCCUGUGAGGUGUACAUUGCCGGUAUUGUAAACACGCUGAAGACAUCGAAGACGUUUGCAGUGACAAGAACACGAUGCAGUUGGCAGUCCACAAGAGCUUAUCAAAAGACAGGAUGCUAGGCCUGAACAUGCUGAAGAUAUUAUCAUUAGUUCUGUCCAUCAACAUGGUUGUAACCGUUACUUUGAAUGUAACCGUUACUUUGAAUGACUGUGUACACCUGGAGGAUGAGGGAUGGAUAAAUACAAGUCAUCAUCAAUACAAUCCUAUAUUCUGCCCUAUUCCGGGUAGAAAUAAGACACACAGCCUGAUAUACAACUGCUACAACGACAUAUUCUUGAAUUGUCCGAGCAAGAAGAAGAAAGCAGCUUGCAAGUCAGGUGAAGGUCACCCCGUAGAGAUGAUAUGUGUUAACCUCACUCACAAAGAAGUUGAAAUGGACACAGAUGAGCCUAUGGGAGGUACUUCCCACUUUACCAGUGCGACAGACUUUAGCCCCCAAAAUCCAGAAUGGACACAGUGGAUUGGGUUGACUACUAUCUGUUUAUUUAUGAUCUUUCUUGCAACACUUUUGGUAUUUAGCUGCGGGAAGGACAUCUUGCGGAAAGGACAUCUUGUAACAGUGUGAUUAUUUCUCUAAGGAUUUAAAUUACCAGUACCCGGGUAAUCUUAUUUUUACUUCAAAUUCACUGUGAUAAUGUAAGAAUGUGAUCUGUGUUUUUAUGCUUGUCCAUGAUCCUUGCUUGAGAAGUCUGUUUGUAUUUUUUAUGAGCUUAUAUGUUUAUGUGAGAAAGAGUUACAUUUUAUUGUUGUGAUACGGAGCCUUGUUAGAUGUCAGAUGUUGAUAUUGUUAUGUCUUCCUUGUUUGAUCAUAUAUAUAGCAGCAGAUGUCUCUUCCAUGCUCAGCAAUCGACUUCGACUUGCUAUCAAACCUAAGGUAUCUGGUUUAUGCAAUGGGUAAAUAACGAACAAAGAUAUAUAUAUUAUGUUGAUACUUACUAAGUUGUUUUCCAUUACAGUAUUCGACGUAAUAAGCGUCCCCUCUAAUAAGCGCCCACAGCGAUAUUUGCUAAUUUAUUGGCAAGUGAACAAUCCAAUUGGCAUACCUUCCGAUAGAUCAAUGGACACAAGACUUAAAUUUAAGUGUAUUUAUCAUUUAACUAAAGCGUUUGUCCAUGACAUAAGCUUAUGACAUAAAAACAUGUAUGUCAUACCCAAAUGACAUAAGUAUGCAAAUUAGAUAUGCAAAUUAGAUUACCAGAAGUGGGACUUUUUUCGCCGGUGCACGUGAGUAGGUGUUUACAAACAACAUGGAUACCUUUGAUGUUGGGGACAAUGUUUUAAUAAAUCAAAGGGGAAGUGCUACAGAGAUAUCUGUGUUGACAAAUGGAUAUUACAGGUUACAGGUUGAUGGUACCGAAUUUGAAUUUGAUAGUGAUGAAGGCAGAAUAUCAAAACUUCCCUGUGGCCAAAGUUUCAUCAUCGAAACGCCAUCGUCUAGUAGGGCGAUGCAGACGACAUACACAAAGCCGAAAGAUGCCCAAUGAGGACGGCAUGUUCGAUGGUGUGAUCCUAGACAAUAAAAAAAACACAGCCAAGAAAACUUUGUACGAUUUGAAACUGUUCGAUAACUUUCUAAAAGUCCAAAAUGAAUUUCGCUAAAUGCACGAAAUCCCCCCAAACGAACUAGACACAUUUCUCUGCGAGUGUUUCGUUACGGCAAAUUUAUGAACCAAACAGUCUCCCGGGUUUUCAGAGCAGCAUCGAGAGAUCACUAUAACGAAGGGGGUAGGGCUAUUCACUGACGUCAUCUUUAGAAUUUUAACAAUCAAAGGCUCGGCAAAUACCGAUUAACUAAGACUCGGUUCAUAUUUCCCAUAUUAAAAAACACCCGUGAUGAAUCCUCUAUAUAACACGCACUCGUGUGUUAUAUGCACCCUUAAUUAU